UAUAAUUCUACUAUGGUCACAUCCACUAACACCGGAUAAUAAAAAACAACUGUAAUUACUUUUUGGAGACUAUUAUUUCAUCUCGCACAGCUCCCCCCGCUUUAGCCAAUCCGUAGAAUCCACCAUUGCCGCAAUGCUAUCCUCCGCGUGGCGCAGCGUGUCCAACUCCGUGGAGAACCAGUUGACGGCCGCUUACUUCCGAGGUUCGUCCAGCAGUCUGCGAUUGGGCCUGCGGCCGGCGGCUCCUCCUCCGACGCCGUCUCUCUCUGGUGCCGGGUCCACGCAAAGGCGAUUUCUGGCUGUGCCCGUCUGUCCAAGUCUCGUCAUGCUUCAAAAACUCCGAAAAGUCGGCUUGAGAGGCAUGCACAGCACUUUAGAAGACGUAAAGCUGGCGGGCAUGGACAUCAAGAUCCUGCCUGCCCUGCAGGACAACUACAUGUAUCUGAUCGUGGACCAAAAGACACGUGAGGCUGCCGUGGUGGAUCCCGUGGACCCGGAACUGGUGAUCAAGACGGUGCAGGAGGAGCAGGUCACCCUGAACAAGGUGCUGACCACCCACCACCAUUGGGACCAUGCCGGCGGCAACGAGAAGCUGGUGAAGCUGUGGGCCCAAGCGCUGGAUGUGUACGGCGGCGAUGACCGCAUCGGCGCCUUGAACCACAAGGUGAAGCAGGACGACACCUUCUCCAUUGGCAGCUUGAAUGUAAAGUGCCUAUCAACGCCAUGUCACACCACCGGACACAUUUGCUACCAUGUCACGACUGCCGAUGGCAGCGGCGGCGAGGGAGCCGUUUUCACCGGCGAUACCCUGUUCCAGGGCGGCUGCGGACGCUUCUUUGAGGGCACGCCCGAGGAGAUGUACGAGGCGCUGUGCACCAAGCUCUCGGCUCUGCCGGACAGCACAAAGGUCUUUUGCGGGCACGAGUAUACGCUGCAGAACAUGAGCUUUGCCCGGCACGUGGAGCCGGACAACGCGGUGAUCCAGGAGCGAAUUGAGUGGGCCAAACAUCGUCGUGCCUCGCAGGAUCCCACUGUUCCCUCGACCAUCGGCGAGGAGAAGUCCUGGAAUCCGUUUAUGCGCGUCCACGAGACCACAGUGCAGAAGCAUGCUGGCGGCGCCGACGAUCCCAUUCUGACCAUGUUCAAGCUGCGCAAGGAGAAGGAUACAUUCAGGGCCUGAGCAUUUUCCCCUCUUUUAUUUUUUGUUCUUUAAGAACUUUUGAAGCAUGUGAUUUAAUAAUGGAUUUAACGGUAAAUAAAAUUGAGCGUAUAUGAAGUUAAAACUAAA